AUGCAUCUUUUCGAUACUUUCCUACUGGUCAUCUGCGCUGUUUUCGUCGUCCAAGCCUGUGGACCAUUACAGACAGGAGGACAAGGGUCUGCACCGCCAGGACCACCAGGUCCACCAGGGCGAGAUGGGAGAGAUGGAAUUCAUGGCGAGUUAGGACCUCCUGGCCCAGAUGGUCCAAGAGGAGUUCCAGGAAAGCCUGGAUCACCUGGACUACAGGGUGAGCCGGGCGACAAAGGAAAUAGAGGAUUGAAAGGACUUCGAGGCAAUGAAGGUGAUCAAGGUACGGAAGGAGCGAUGGGAGCGGGAUAA